CAAAACCAUUUUCCGCACUGCUCAAUCCUCUCAAUGGGCUGGGCUCGUCCCAUUUCUACUUCGCUACAAACUGAGCACAGCUGACGGGUCCUUCUCCAGCAGGCGAAAACAAAUUAGUUCUUCGAUCCAGGGACAAAUUUGGGAUUAUGGACUUGGUCGGUUUGGACGGCGGAUGCAAAUAAGGCUCCACAUGGCCAUGUUCCCGAUCAGAUGGUGGGUGCGAGGUGGUGUCGUGGAUUGUCGAAACUGCUGGAUGUUGCUCACCCUGGUCGUCGCAUGUUUGCACCUCGUAAGCAGGACGGCAGUGGGGGCAGUAACGACGACAACUUCUUCUUCCGUGUUGGGAGACCCCUACGAAAUUCUGGGGGUUGGAAAGUCAGCCACUACCAAGGAGAUUCGAAAGGCGUACAAAAAUUUGGCUGUGGUGUGGCACCCUGAUAAGAACAAGGUUCCUGAAGCAGAGGAACAGUUUGUAAAAAUAAAUAGGGCUUAUGAGCUACUGAGUGACCCAGCUCGGCGUCGUUUGUAUGAUCAGAGGGGCGUGACGGAGGAUUCUCCCAACUUCAAUCCCAGGCCGGAUUACACCACAUUCAAUAGAUUUGACCCUAUUGAUGAAAUUCUUACAUUCACUACCGGCGGAGCUUUUCACUAUCCAUUCGCUGAUGGGAUUGCAUUUUUGCAUAAACAAAGCAUUACGGCAAAAACUUUUGAACAGAAUGUAAUGCCAAAAUCCUUCACCGUUCCACAACUUAUUCUCUUCUAUGGUGACUGGUGCAGUGGAUGUACACGCGUCGCUUCUAUUUGGAGAACAAUUUCUGAUCAGCUAACAAAUAUUGGGAUUGACGUAUCCUGUGUGCAUGCAGAUCGAGAAACCGCUGUUGCUCGAAAAAUUGGUAUUAAAGUAAUUCCAUCAGUUGUAUUAGUGUUGGAUUCGCAUGCCUAUCAUUAUCGGGACACUGUUGUUGCUGCCAAUAAAGUGACAGCAUUUAUAAGGUCCAAACUACCAUUUGACUUGUUGGUCCCUUUGGAUAAAGAAACUGUGGAGGAUUUUCUUGGAAAUUGGUGGAGAGAUAAUAGAAUUCGUGUCAUUAUUGUUGGAACUUCUGAGGUUGUUCGACUUCGGUAUCAAGUUUUAGCUUUCCAUUUUCGUGAACGAGCUGCAUUUGGAUAUGUGACAACCGAAGACAAAGAUUUCAACGUCUUCCGGCAAAAUUAUGGAAUCCCGGACGGAAUGGAUAGUAUCUUUGUGUUCAAAGAACUUGAGAAACCCGUUGCUUCUCUAAGUAUGACCGAAAUCUCACAAAAAUUAAUGAGCGACCUUGUUGAAAACAACAAGUUUUUGAUACUUCCACGACUUUCAUCUCAGACUGUAAUGGAUACUAUCUGUCCUACUGAAACAUCGCUUUAUCGCCGCCGCUUGUGUGUAGUAUUCUUAACUCGAAAAACGAAAAUAUUAGAGGACGAAGACAGCGCCAAAGCUCUUCGAGAAUACGCUUUGCGUCAAGGUUCCUCCGUCCGAGUCAAGUUCGCAUAUUUGUAUGGAGAGGUCCAGCGGGAUUUCGUUAGCUCACUCUCAGGAAGCAAAAAAGACUCAAACUUGAUGAUAAUUUGGAGGCAGACCUCCAGCAAAAUAUCGUACGAAUGGAUCGAAGGUGGGUGGGACGGAACAAAUACAUCAGCUCAACGCCUAGACAGUAUUCUUCACAGGCUAAUAACAGAAAAAACAUCCCUGUCAUACCAAGUGGAAGUGAAGGAAUUAACAGACGAACAUGCACAAGGGUUUUUAUUCAAAGUGCUAAGGAAGGUAUCACUGACGAUGGAAUUUGUUCGAGCACAAGUGACAAGAGAAAUGGUUAUCCAGACUGCCUCAGUUAUUGCCACAGUUCUGUUCAUAGUUGCAGGUGGCUUUAUAAUGGCAUACCUAGUACGACUUGAGGAAGAAAGUAUUUUAGCAAAAGCCAAGGCAGAUGCUCAAAGAUCACCUCCAUCGUCAAACUCCCGCCCAGCAUCAUCAACAACUACUGAAAAUCCGACGCCUUUGCAGUUAUUAACACAAAACCCUGAAUGCAGAAUUCACGAAAUGCGUGGGGAAACUUAUAAUGGUCUCGUCAGACUUAUUAAGCCUGGCUGCAGAACUGUAUUGCUCUUAUUGGAUGCGGAUACAAAAGAAAUACUGAUAAGAAAAUUUCAACGAUGCGUUUGGCCAUACCGAAAGAACAAGUCAUUGCAGUUUGGCUUUAUGCAUGUUGAUCGACCAGCUGGUUUGUCAUGGUACAAACAAUUACUUCAGUUAUCACUUGUGAGACAUGAGACGUACUCAUCAACUCUCAACAUUAAUCCCAGAAACUGUGUUGGGACCGUUAUUUCCCUUAAUGGUCAUCGCAAGUACUUUUGUGUGUUUCAUGCCAGUGUCACAAUGCCAGGAAAUCCAAAUAGAAGAAGAGCAAAUUCUGGCUAUCGUAAUGGUGCGUUUCUCGGAUUUGAUUCUGAAAACAGCAGUGAUGAACAAUCGGAUGUGGAACGGGGAGGCGGAUUGAAUAAUGAUACCAGCGAUACACCGGAAGCUGGAAUUCUUUUUACAAACCAUUUGCUGGACAAUUUAUCCAACUGGUUGGAUAGGCUUUUCGAGGGAUCAACUCAUCGUUAUCAUAUAAAUUACUGGCCUGAUUUUCCUCUCAAAUAACUCAUCCCUUUAUUGAACUAAUUAAUAAGCAUUCGACGGAUAACAAUCUUCCUUUAAAAGGCGCUCAUGGUUUUUAAUUAAUUAGACAACCUCGAUCUCACUGUCUCAAACAAACUCCAAUCUCAUUCGCACAAACGUAUGCUAGUCAUUAUUAACGCCAUGAUGUCCUAUUUUGUUGUCUAUUUUAUAUCCUUAUUAUCCAUAAGUUAUUUCCUGAUACAAUAAGUAAAUUCUUGAUAAAGGAUAACUUUGCCUGUACUUUUUCCAAAUGUUCUAAUCUGUAAAUUAGGAACAAUUAUUGAUAUAUGUAUGAAUGCAUGAAACCCAAUAUUCAUCAAAUGAAUAUGUACAUAAAAAUAAAGGUGUUUCCAAAA